AUGCUGCCGAUGAGGAAGACCGCGAAACAGGGCAAAAGGGGUAUUCUAGAACGCUUGGAUGCCGGAGAAAUUGUGAUCGGAGAUGGGGGAUUUGUCUUUGCUCUUGAAAAGAGGGGAUAUGUAAAAGCUGGGCCUUGGACUCCUGAAGCAACUGUAGAACACCCAGAAGCAGUUCGUCAGCUUCACCGAGAAUUCCUCAGAGCUGGAUCCAAUGUUCUGCAGACCUUCACCUUUUAUGCCAGUGAGGACAAACUAGAGAACAGGGGCAAUUACGUAGCUGAGAAAAUAAGUUGCCAAAAAGUAAAUGAAGCUGCUUGUGACAUUGCAAGAGAAGUGGCUAAUGAAGGUGAUGCUUUAGUGGCUGGAGGAGUCAGUCAAACACCAUCUUACUUAAGCUGCAAGGAUAAAACAGAGGUUAAAGCAGCCUUUCAAAAGCAACUGGAAGUCUUUAUGAAGAAGAAUGUGGACUUCCUAAUUGCAGAGUAUUUUGAACAUGUUGAAGAGGCUGUCUGGGCAGUUGAAGUUCUAAAAGAAUCUGGAAAGCCAGUUGCAGCUACAAUGUGCAUUGGCCCAGAAGGAGACAUGCAUGGAGUGCCCCCUGGACAAUGUGCUGUCCAGCUGGUAAAGGCUGGUGCUUCUAUAGUUGGAGUCAACUGCCAUUUUGAUCCAGAAACUUCCAUCGAAACUGUGAGGCUGAUGAAAGAGGGUUUGCAGGCUGCUAAACUGAAAGCCCACCUAAUGUGCCAGCCACUUGCUUUCCAUACACCUGACUGUGGAAAGCAGGGGUUUAUUGAUCUUCCUGAAUUUCCCUUUGGUCUGGAGCCAAGAAUUGCCACCAGAUGGGACAUUCAAAAAUAUGCAAGAAAGGCCUAUGACUUAGGAAUUCGUUUCAUUGGAGGCUGCUGUGGAUUUGAGCCAUAUCAUAUCCGAGCAAUAGCUGAGGAGUUGGCUCCUGAAAGAGGAUUUUUGCCAGAAGCUUCUGAGAAACAUGGUAGCUGGGGUGAUAACCUGAGCAUGCAUACCAAACCCUGGGUCAGAGCAAGGGCAAGAAAAGAAUACUGGGAGAAUCUGAAGCCUGCUUCAGGCAGGCCAUAUUGUCCUUGCAUGUCAAAGCCAGAUGGCUGGGGAGUGACCAAAGGAGCCAAGGAGCUGAUGCAACAGAAAGAAGCAACAACUGAACAACAGCUGAAGGAGCUCUUCCAGAAAAAGAAGUUCUAA